AUGGCAUACCGCCAGAAAUUUGGAAGCAUGGACUCACAACAAUGCAUUCCAAACUUCACAAACUCUUUGUGUGCUGCUGGUAACAGGGUGAACAACCACAAGACCUCCAAACUGGUACCUGCUGUUGCAGACCACCACCUUCCAGAGGGCGAAUGCAGUUUCAGAGCUAGCAGCGGUACCGCUUACAUGAUCUUCAUACUAAGGCAUCACCAGGAAAAAUGCCGUACACAAAACAAGGGACUUUAUGUCAUCUUCGUAGGCCUUACCGAGGCAUUUGACAUUAGUGGUCUGGUCAGAAACAGCAAAGACUUCUCGGAACCUUUCCCGAUCAUCACUGGGGUGAAGCAGGGUUGUAUGCUUGUGCUGACUCUCUUCACCAUCUUCUUCAGCAUGAUGCUUCAAUGGGCCACACAAGAUCACAGCGACGAAGAUGGCAUCUACAUACAAUACCGCACUGAUAUAGAGACUGCCAUUCAGCGUGCAACAUCUUGCUUCGCAGCAGUCCAGCUCUUUGGUCUCGAAAUCAACCAAGAAAAGACAGAGGUUCUCCACCAGCCCACUCCUCCAGGAAGCAUACCACUCACCCUACAUCAUUGUUGGAGAGACAGAACUGAAGGCAGCCCAGCAAUUCACCUACCUGGGGAGCACCAUCUUAAGGAUGUGGAUAAUAGACUGGCAAAGGCAAACAGUGCAUUGGGCAGGUUCUACAGUCAUGUCUGGAGCAACAACCACCUGAAAAAGGCCACAAAAUCAGUAUUUACAGAGCUGUGUGACUACGUCACAAAUGUUGGUGUUAGAAAAAGCAGAGAUCACCAGCCAUGUCAUGCUAAUGAAAACGUAGCCAUGCUGAACAAGAUAUGUUUCCAGAAUGGAGGAUCAUUGUCUGCCCAAGAUCGUCCUCUACGACGAACUACGAGGGACACUAAAGAAGAGAUUCAAAGAUUCUUUAGAGAAAUUCCUGUCAUGCUGCGACAUCGACCAUCGUCAGAGGGCACCGCAUGCUUCAGAGAGGCCUGGCGACACGCCAUUCAGCAGUUAGUCUCCUCCUUUGAGAACAACUAUAGAGCUGCCCUCGAAGAGAAGCGCAGUGGGAGGAAAAAACGCGUCGUCACGGCACCAACCCCAGAUUCAUCAUUCCCCUGCAGCCACUGUGGCCGAGUGUGCUUGGCACAUAUUGGUCUUGUCAGCCUCCAGUAA